AUGGCCAGAUUCACUCAGACUGAAACAAGAAGGCAGCAGCAGCAUCCACAGCAGCCCCAGCCCGCACACACCAGCCUGGUUUUCACCGGACCGGGGGCACCAGCGACCCAACAGCCACUACUCCUGAUCCCACAUCAGCACCAGUACCCCCAGAUCACAUUUCCGAAACCCAUGAACGGGUCAGAAUCCAUCUCCAUUCAUCCGGAGAGCGGCAACAUGAAAGACCAAGAUGCCAUUAAGCUGUUUAUCGGGCAGAUACCGCGGAACCUGGAGGAGAAAGACCUGAAACCCCUGUUUGAACAGUUUGGGAAAAUCCACGAACUGACAGUGCUUAAGGACCGAUACACCGGCAUGCACAAAGGUUGUGCGUUCCUCACCUACUGCGCCCGUGAGUCGGCCAUCAAAGCCCAGAAUGCCCUCCAUGAACAGAAAACACUGCCUGGGGCAACCGUGCCAUCUGCACCCAGCUACACUCCAGCCGGCAUUCUCCUUUCACGGUCCUAG